ACAUAAUGGCUUAUCGCUACUGCAGAUUUAAAGGCUGUAAUAGAAAGAUUGAAUCAAAAAGUGAUGGAAUACAUUUCUACAGAUUUCCCAAGGAAGAACAAAGAUGUCAAGCUUGGGUCAAGGCUUCGCAGAAUGAAAAGCUUGUGGGUGUUCCUGCCUCUGACCUACACAAAAGAGCCUAUCUAUGUAUGGUACAUUUUGAAGACUGGUGCUUCGUUAAUAUCACUACUAAACAUCGUUUAGUACACAAUGCAGUACCAUGUUCUACAAAACUCCAGGUGACAAAGGGUUUGGUUCCAGAUAAAGUGCCUGAGUUAAGUCACAUGACAGUGCCAAAUUCUGUGACAAAUGGUUCAGUUCGAGAUAAAAUGCCCGAGAUAAAUCAUAUCACAGUGCCAAGUUCUGAACAUCAUCAGUCAGAUUUUCAACAGGAAUUAAUAUCCAAUGUUCAAGGACCCAAUAAUCUUUAUCAAAAUGUCUGCUCCACUGAACUUUCAACUUGUAACGCUUCUUUAAUGUCUCUCACUCCACAGCAGUCAUUUUCAACACCAGUGACCUGUAGCACACCGAAGUCACAUUAUUCUGGGAAAAAAUACACACCCAAAAAAUCACAAUUGGCAAAAAAAGUUAAAAAAUAUCGUGACAUGGUAACAUUGAAUACCCAGAAAACAAAAAGAAGACGUUUUACGCAUUCAGAUAAAAUCGAUGCCUACCGCAUCUACAGCAAAAGUCGGGCAGCUUAUCGUGUUUUGAAAGAGUUCCUUGAACUUCCAGCUGAACGAACUCUUCAACGUUUUGUCUCAUCAAAAUUGUCAUGUACAGGAAUCAGUGCAGAUAUCAUAUCAGCACUAAAACAAGUUUUACAAAAUAAGGAAAAUCACGAAAGAAUGUUUGCAUUGAUCUUUGAUGAGAUGUCAUUGAAACCCUGUCUAGUGCAUGAUAAACAAAAUUAUCGCAUAGUUGGAUUUGAGGACUUAGGUGGUUUUUCCCAGUGA